AACCAAUCAGAGCGAAGGAAGCGAUUCACUCUGAUUACAAACACGGAAACAGAGAAAGUAAACGUCAGCGUUGCAUGAGUGCUGGAUUCAUAGUCUAUGGAUUUUCUGCAGCUGCUAUCAUGUGCGUGCAUCAUAUUCACCGUCGGGAUGUUCACGACGGGAUUGACAGACUUGAAGAAAAUGAAGGCCACACAGUGUGCAGAUAACGUUCAGUUUCUGCCCUUCCUUACCACAUGCUUAAAUAAUCUAGGUUGGCUUUACUAUGGAUUACUAAAGGGAGAUGGUACGGUGAUUUCUGUAAACAUCAUUGGGGCCUCUUUACAGACCUUAUACAUCAUCACCUACUGUCAUUAUACCAAAGAGAAGAGGCGAGUGUACUCACAGACACUGGUGAUGGGGAUUGUGUUGUGUGUGGGCUGGGUGUAUUUUACUAUGGUGAUUCCUCCUGGAGAAUCUCAACUCUCUCAGUUGGGUCUCGCCUGCAGUGUGUUCACCAUCAGCAUGUACCUCUCUCCGCUCGCUGAUCUUUUGGAUAUCGUGCGAACAAAGUCUGUGGAGCGCUUGUCUUUUUCCCUGACUGUUGCUACAUUCUUCACAUCCACAUCAUGGACGCUGUAUGGCCUUCAGCUCCAAGACUAUUAUAUCAUGGUACCCAACACCCCUGGCAUCUUUACUAGCCUCAUCCGCUUCUUCCUUUUCUGGCAGUUCGGAGCAGUCCUUUCAAACAAGCCCUCCUAUAAACUCAUCCAAAUCUGAGAGGGGAUUUACAUUGAAUCUAAUUAAGUGCCUUUUCCACUUUCCUUUACCCAAGCCAGAAGAGCUUCUUGGUCUUUUUGACAUCAGACUGUCAUGAUACCUUAUAAACUCAAACAUCUAGUGAAACUGCCACCGUAAAUUCUGUCUUUUAGUUAAAGGGAUAGUUUGCCCUAAAAUUAUAUCGCUGUCACCAUUUACUCUUUCUCACGUUAUUCCAAAUCUGUUUGACUUUCUUUCAUUGGUGGAACAUAAAAGAUAUUUUGAGAAAUGUCUUUACUGUUUUUGUUUUUUGUCCAUGCAUUGGAAGUCAAUGGUGACCAAAACUGUCUGGCUGCCAACGUUCUUUAGAAUAUAUUCUUUUGUGUUCCACAGAAGAAAUAAAGCCAUACAGGUUCAACAUGAGGGUGAGUAAAUUAUGACUUCAAUGAUGAGAACUUUAAUUUUUUUGAGUGAACUAUCCCUCAUAUAUAUAUAUAUAUAUAUAUGUUUAACUUUAUUUCUGCUCACAAAAGAGGAUAAUGUUUUUUCCAUGCAAUUUCAAAGAAUUGGGACUGGAGCUUUUAGUGUUUAAAAAAGACACAAAAGCACCAUCUAAGGAACUGUAGUAGUCAUCAUAUUCCCAUAUGUCACAGGUUUUCUGAAGCCAUAAGUUAAGAUUUAUGUGACACAUUUUUAAGCCAUUAUUACCUGAAAAUCUUAUUCUUAGCUUUUUUUGGGACCUGUUUCAUGAACGGACUGUUCUUUUGAGUGAUCUUUUAAUGAAUCUAAUGAUUCGUCUGAAUGAGUCAUUCUCAAAUAUGACUAAUCUGGCUCUUGAACUCACUGGAGGGAAAGAUUAUCAGACAAUAUUAUGUGUUUUAGAUCUAUUUUAGGAUACUUUUAUGGCUUUAAAGGUUCCUGUACCCAUUUUUUGUAAUUGGAUGGAAAAUAAUUUCUUUGUGCUUCCUGGAAGAGUCCUCAGAAUUUCUUGAAAGAAAAGAGUCAUACAGGUUUGUAACGACCUGUGGAUGAGUAAAUAAUGACAGUACAUUAAUUUCUGGUGAAUUCUCUUGAGUAACUGAUCAUUUUCACUUUUUCUCUUGGUUGAUCCUUAUAGGGAUAAGGAUGCUCUAAGUUUGUUUGGCAGGUAUUUCUUAGUUAAUAAGUGUUCAAACCUGUAAACAUGACACACCCCGAACCAAGAACUCAAACUUGUUUCCUGUUACAGCCCUUUCUUUUGAAAUCAUGUGUUAGUAUUCAGCAGGUGUGUUUUUUUUUUUUUUAUCUUGGGUACAUACUAUUCAGAGUGUCCUUUAGGAAAGUGUCACAUUCUGUUACUUAAGUAAUGAAUGUAGUGUUUACAGAAUCGUUCAUUAAUCAUAGACCACUUUAUUAUAAUAUCAUUCUUAAUUGUGUCCAAAUGGCAGUUUGGCAGCUAUUUAAUCAGCAUCCAACUCAAGUAACAAACCCCAAAUGAAACUUUGUGUGUUAAAACGUUGUGUCCUUUGUGUGGAAAAGAACAACAGAAACAGAGAACAUUAGUUUGAGUGAAUGACGUUGGAUUAAGAAUAUCUGUCGCAGAAGAAAAAGGGAAUCUUGCGCACCUCUUUUCAUGGUUCUUGUUUUGUAGUUGGAACAAAAAGGUCUUUUUUUUCUUGUCUUUGUGACUGUCAGAAUACCAUACUUCACAAUAAGCCCAUAAAAACAAUUAUUUAAUUAAACAAUAACUUUACACGUUCCUCACCUUUAGAGAACACCAAAGUCACACAAAAUCUGAAGGCUUUAUUUAUGUGAGUUGAGGUGACAGGCACAAUGGGGGAAGAAUAUUCGGCAAAUUCACUAAAUUACAUAAUCAUAACCCAUAAGAUGGUAAGAUGAAAAUCUUAAGCAGUCAUUGGCUGUUAAUGUUGUUUUGCAUAUGCUAAACAGGUUUGAUCUGUGACAGGCAGAAACUCUUAUUGGGUCUUAAUGUACAUCACUACAUUAUGGUACGUUGUUCACUGAAGUCUUUUCAAGUCUCCAAGACUUGAAGACUUUGUGAAUAAAAAUGGUUCUUAUGAUGAUUUAAAGCAUAUCAACAUUGUUUUAUUGUAUUGUUUAUGGUUUCUGUGUUGUAUGAUUAUGUUCUGUGUUUUACUUUAAGCUUAAAUGUCUUUGUUUCUUUGUACUAUUUUAUAUCCUAUGCAACUGUGUAUAUUACAUCAGAGGGGAUUUAGUGGGAUGUUCUUUUUGAAGUGUUCUGAAAAAAAAAAAAUGGCUAAAAUAAAUUUUUAUAUAACAUAA